UUACCUUUCCGAAGGCAUCCGAAAUUCCAACAUGGAAGACAACGUGCCAGUAAAUUCAAUAAAAGAAACAAAAAAGAAGAAAAAACCGGUACAAAGCGGUAUAAUCUACUUAAGUAGAGUUCCGACAUUGAUGAAUGUUAACAUAGUUAGACGUUACUUUGAGAAUUUCGGAGAAUUAGGUCGUGUAUUUCUUCAACCCGACGUAAAAGCAAAAACAAGAGGGAAGAGAGGCCGUGCAUUUUCAGAGGGAUGGUUGGAGUUUCGUGACAAGCGAGUGGCUAAGAAAGUUGCUACAAGCUUGAAUAAUACACAGAUAGGAGGAAAGAAGAAAAACAAAUGGAGGGAAGAGUUAUGGAACAUUAAAUAUCUUCAUAGAUUUAAAUGGGCCCAUUUAAAUGAGAGACUGGCAUAUGAAAAAGCUGUUCAUGCACAGAGAAUGCGUGCAGAAAUCUCACAAGCUAAACGUGAGGCUAACUUCCAUAUUCAAAAUGCAGAGAAAAAUGAGAGACAGAAAUUUAUAGAAAAGAAGCAAAGGAAACGAAAAGAAGCCAAAGUGCUAGAAAGUGAAGGCAAUGAAACAUUAAAUGAAGACAAGAAUAUAAAUGAAAGGGUGAAUGUUAUAAGGUUAAAAGAAACAGAUGAUGAAAUAAGGAAUAAAAGAAAAUUGAAAAAUAAAACAGUACUUGAAGGAGCCAAGAAACAGAAGUUAGUUAGUGAUGGAGAGAAAGUGAAAGAUUUAGGGAAAAGGAAAGCCUUUCUGUCAAAGAUAUUUUCAGCAGGUUUUGAUGCAAAUAGUGAUGAAGAUUGAAUUGAAAUAUGGAAAAAACAGGUGGUUUGAAGAAGUCUCGAGUUGACGUAAAUUAUGUCUUAGGUGCAAUGCUAUUUCAAGCAAAGAAGCCUCAAAAUUGGUUCUCCGAGUCUUUGCUCAGUUAAAGGAGUUGGAACAAUUCAAUGAAUUUGUAGCUAAAAGUUACUGAGUAAUAACCAAUUCAUGCCUUUUUUUUUAUAUCAUACCAAAAUGUUUCUUUAUUUUGAAUAGCGUUAUUGUAUUUUUAAAGAUUAAUGAAAAAUAAAUUCACAUAGUAAAAA